AUGGAAGUCGACUCGCUAGGUGGAAGCAAGUACUUGCACCUGACCGUAGAUGAAGGCAGCGGAUGUAUGAAGAGUUUCAGUCUGCGCGCCAAUUCCGACAGUGAAGAGUGCAUCAAGAAGUACAUCAUGGCAGUACAGACGCAGUUUGACUACAAGGUCAAGUUCGUUCGACACGAUGGUGCACGCGAAUUUGCGGCAAAUUCGCUCAAGGCAUUUUACGAUGAUCAAGGAAUCGAGCAGCAAGUUACCCGUUCCAUAUGCGCAUCAGACCAACGGCACGGCGGAACGGGCAAUUCGGACCAUUGUGACGAUCGGGCGCAGCAUGCUUCACUACGCCAAGCUGGACAAGUGCUUUUGAGUUGA